AUGUACCGGCGGAGCUAUGUCUUCCAGACCCGCCGGGAGCAGUUCGAGCGCGCGGAGGAGGCGCUGCGCGCUGGGGAACUGGACGGUCUCGCUGGGAGCCCGGUGGCGGCGCAGGGCUUGGGAGCGCUGCAGGGGCUGGGCGAACGCGUGGCCGCCUAUGUCCAGCGGGCGCGCGCGCUCGAGCAGCGCCACGCCGUCCUCCGCCGGCAGCUGGACGCCUUCCAGAGGCUGGGCGAGCCGGCCGGCCCGGAGGAGGCGCUCGCCCGGCACGUCGAGGGCAACCGCCAGCGCGUCUGGGACCUGGCGGCCGAGCGCGCCCGGCUGGAGCGCCAGGGCGCAGAGGCGCAGCGCGCGCUCGACGAGUUCCGGAGCAAGUAUGAAAAUGAAUGUGAAUGUCAACUGCUGCUGAAAGACAUGCUUGAACGACUUAACAAGGAAGCGGAUGAAGCCCUACUGCAUAAUCUGCGCCUUCAGAUUGAAGCCCAGUUUCUGCAGGACGAUAUUGGUGCAGCAAAGGACAGGUUCAAAAAGAAUCUUCUGGAAAUUCAGACCUAUGUCAGCAUCCUGCAACAGAUUAUCCAGACCACUCCUCAAGCUUCCGCCAUUACCGGUGGGAUGAGCGAGGAGAAGCUCCUGACCGAACGGAAGGUGGCUGUCCUGAAGAAGGAGCUGGAGGAGAGCCAGGGAGUCCUGUCCCACCUGCAGAUGCAGAGAUCCAAGCUGCAGGCCGAGACAGCAACUCUGGAAGAAGCUAUUAAAAGUGCCCACGAGUGUUACGACGAGGAGAUUCAGCUCUAUAACGAACAGAUUGAAGCCCUGCGGAAGGAGAUUGAAGAGAGCGAGAGGGCUCUGGAGAGGGUGUCCUGGGACUGCCGGCAGCUGGCACUCACCCAGCAAACCCUGACGAACGAGCUGGAGCGGUACCACCGGAUCCUGGAGACUGAAGGCAGCAGGCUGAAUUCUGCCUUCAUUGAAACCCCCAUCACCCUCUUCCAGUUCCACAGAGCCCCUCGCAGCCCUCGUUCUGGCCAGAAAGAUCUUUCCAGGGCUUUGCAGGAUUUAACAACAGCAAAACCAAGACAAAAAGGCCUCCCCAAGAAUGUUCCAAGGAGAAAGGAGAUCAUAACCAAAGACAAAGAGGAUGAACCUCUGGAAGACACAACAUUAAAAGGUCUGGAAGACACAGGGCGGGUGCAGGUGGUACUUGAAGAAGAAGGUGAAUCUGAGCUUGAACGAGGGGCUCAGGACGCAAGGCCCCCAGUGCAGGAAGGGGCUCCAGAGGACGUGCCAGAUGGAGGGCAGAUAAGCAAAGCCUUCGGGAAGCUCCACAAGAUGGUCAGGGAGCGGGUGAGAAGUCCCAGAGAGCCGGAGCCACCAGCCGAGCUCUACACCAAAGGGCGGUACGUGCUGGUCACGGGGGACACCAGCUACGUGGACCCCGAGUUCUGUUCCUUCUCCAUCCCAGCCAAAGGCUGGGUGGUUGUUUCCACUGAGGAAGACUCUGUGCAUCAGGACAGCGAAGUGGAGCCCACUCCCGAGCAGCCCGAGCCCCCUUUGGAGAAUGGACGGGAGGAUUCCCAGGAGGGAGAAGACAGCCACCCACCCGACCAGCGUAUCACAGACAAGGAGAAUGGGAUAAACUCCCAAGAGCUGAAAGGGCCCGGGGAGAAAUAUGGCGAUCAGGAGGAUGAGGGAGCGGGGAGGCCGUGUUCCCCGGUCAUACCUGGUCCAGAGGAACCGUCUACACCCCAAUCUCAAAAGCCCGGGGCCAGUCAGGAUGGAUCUGAGGGGCAGGGGGCUGGGAGCAGUAGUCUGCCAGAAAAAAGCCCUCCCAGGGCUUUGGCAUAUGCAAAGGUGGAAGUGGUGGAAUCCAUCGAGAAGUUUACAACUGAGAGCAUUCAGACAUACGAAGAAACUGCGGUGAUUGUGGAGACUGUGAUUGGAAAGACUGAGGCAAACAAGAAGAAAUUAGGAGAGAAAUCCUCUUAAAAUGCCCAGGCUCAGCUGGAGAAAAUGUCUUUGGGGCCACUCUAAGGGAAGUGGUUUGAGUUUUUAGAACAAUUGAUAAAUGAGCGAAGGUUCCUGUUUGGAUUAGACCAUAGUUGACCUGUCUGGCAUUGCCAAACAAGCCUUAAUUAAAAAGUUGUUUUCUUUGCUUGCA